AUGCACCAAAAAGCAACACAUGAUUCUUCUCAACACCAUCCUGAUAUUACCAUGGCUGCAACACGUUAUGCCCAAACCAGAUUUCCAUUUUCACCAUUCAUAAUUCGUUUUUCAACUGGAAAUGUCAAGGACAAACAAGUUGCUGAAGAAAUUUCCUUAUUUUUUAAAAAUGAACAUCAAAUUGAUAUUUUAUUUUCUAACUAUAGAUCAUCAACGUUCAAAUGCUCCUCCAACGAAUAUGAUAUUCUGCUAUUUGUUAAAGAUGCUAAUUCAUUUACUAGUCUUUUAGAUGAAGAUAAAUGGCCACCACAAAUCGGAUCUCAAUAUUAUACAUUUCCUUCGUCACCUUCUAUUCCUCCUCAAUUAUCACUUAUUAUAAAAAAUGUUGAUUUUUAUACUGAUAUGAAUGUUUUUUCUGAUGAUUUAAAAGGAAAAUUUCCUGAAAUCAAGAAUGUCAUUAGAUUAAAGAACAAAUUUCAGCAAGACAUUAAAAUUGUUAAAAUUGAAUUUGUGUCAACUUUAGCUCGUAAUCAGAUUUUAGCUGCUGGAAAAAUUAAUAUUAAUUAUAGAUCAUAUGAUGUGGAAGAAUAUAUUGCUCCUGCCAGAGUACUCAUCUGUAGCAAGUGCUGUGGUAUUGGCCACUUUAAACGCCAAUGCACUCAAUCCAGUGAAACAUCAUUAACUAAAAAAUUAUUAACCACGAACUACAAUUCAACAUCAACAUUCAACUGGUUUAAAUAUGAUCCUGUUCAAUUUCCUCAAUUAAAUCCUUCACAUAAUUCAUCAAUUACUGGUUCACACAAUAUGAUAUUAUCUAAACUCAAUGAACUUGCUGUUAACAUGGAAAAAAUGAACGACAAUAUCUCCAAAAUAACAGUAUGCAACGAAAAAUUCGAAAAAUUUAUGAAUGACAAAAUAGAUAGUGAUAAAAUUAUUAAACAAGAGAUAAAUGUAUUAAAACAUCAUGAUAAAGCUUUAGAAGCUAAUCAAGUUCAACAUGAAUUAAAAUUGAAAAGAUAUGAAAAUAUUUUAGUUAAAUUAUUAUUGCCAAUGCUUGAUGAAAUGUCCAAAGUUAUUCUUCUACUUAAUCACGAUCAACAUGGUCGUCCUUGUGAUCCUGGUCUUAAGACAAAUCUCGAAAUAAUUCGUACAAAACUGAAAUUAGCCCUAGAAGAUGAAGAAGAUUCAAUAGAUUUAAUUGAUUCAUUAAAUGAUAAUGAUAAUGAUAAUAAUAAAGAAAAAUGUCGAAUAAUAAAACGAUUAAUUCGUCGAAUAUCAUAUUCAUUUAUAAUUCGAUCUAUAUUAUUAAUACCAUUAUUUAUUUAUUUAUUAUUAAUAUUAACUCCAAUUAAAAAUAUUCGAUCAUUUAUUCCAGAAGAAAUAAAAAAAACAAAAAAUUUUCUUAUUUUUGUUGCACAUCCAGAUGAUGAAUGUUUAUUUUUUAGUCCAACUAUAUUAUCAUUAAUAUCUAAUGAUAAAAAAGGUCAUAUUGUUGUUAUUUCAACUGGUAAUAGUAAUGGUUUAGGACCAAUUCGAGAAAAAGAAUUAAAAGAAAGUUGUCAACGAUUAAAUAUUGAUUUAUCACGAUGUAUAUCUUUAAAUUUAACUAAUUUACAAGAUAAUCAACAUCGGUGGUGGCCCAAAGAAAAUAUAUCAGAAUUAGUUGAAAUAUAUAUAAAAAAAUAUAAUAUUGAUUUAUUAAUAACAUUUGAUCGUGAUGGAAUAUCUGGUCAUCUUAAUCAUAAAUCAAUUGCUAUUGGAGUUGAAUAUUAUAUUGAAAAAACUUCUAAAACUCCAUUAAUAUAUCAAAUAUCAACUGUUCCAUUAUUAUUUGAAUUUUCUUCAAUAAUUGAUUUAUUUCGAACAAUAAUUAAAUUUUUACCUCGAUUAUUUCGAAGUUUUUUUUCAACGAUAUUUCCAUUUUUAUUUUCUCCACCAAAUGAUCAACAUGCUUUAUUUGUUAUUUCACCAUUUGGAUAUAUAAAAGGUUUAAAAGCUUUUCAUGCUCAUCGUUCACAAAUGCUUUGGUAUAGACAUAUUUAUACUACAUUUAGUCGACAUAUGUUUAUUAAUGAUUUGACUAAAGUUUCACAUAAUUUAUAA